AUCAACCAAAAUUACGUGGGAGUGUGCGUGCGUGUCUCUGCUGGCCAUUCAACCGUAACAAAUAUUGCUCUGCUCUCAAUUUAAAAGGAAGCCGCGCGCCCAAACAAUCGACAGAAGCACUUUGCGCGUCGUCUGUUAUUGCGGUAAAAAGGGCGAGCAAUCUCGGGAAAAAUACUCCAAAUAACAAACAAAAAAGGAGCGCGCGACAGAGCAGAAGCACUCAAUAAAAAGCCGAGCAGAUUGUUUGCUACAAAUAGCUGAUAGAGAUCGCCAAGAGGCCACACUAACCCAUCAACCGGCAAGAUGAGCUCAACACCCAAAUUGUCGGACAUUUCCGAAAAGUUUACGGAGGCGACGCUGGACGAGAUCAUCCAGGCGGCGGGCGGCACCAAGCACACCUCGUACAAGUUCGGGCCCAGCGGCAAGAAGGGCGAUGCCUACUUGAGCCGCGUCUUUCGCAUCACUAUCUUUGGCGUCAAGGAGGGGCCCGAUGGCAAGGAGGAGGAGCUGGAGGUGAAUACCGUUGUCAAGGCUAUGCCGGACAAUCUCCACAGGCGUCGUCUGUUCCGGUCGGUGAUCUUCUUUCGAAACGAGAUCCACUUCUACACGAAGGUCAUUCCGGCCAUUGAGGCCUUCCAGGACGCCAGGGAGCCCAAGCCGAAUAACCCCUUUGUGGAGUACGCCAAGUGCUAUUCCUCGUUGUGCGAUGGCAUCAACGACUUUAUUGUCCUGGAGGAUGUCGGACCACGCGGCUUUAAGGCCCCUGUUCGACAGGACUACAUUGCCCUGGAGGAUGCCCUGCUGACGAUGCGCACUCUGGGCCGCUACCAUGGUGUUGCCCUCGCCUUCAAUGCCUUGGACUCGGAGAACUUCGAGAAGGCUGCCUCGUCCCUGGAGGAGACCUACUACGGGGAGCACACACGCGAGUGGUACACCGGAUUUUUGGGCCUGGCCGAGAACGUGGCCAAGGAUGCCAUUGCCAAGACCUAUCCCAACACCAAGUACGAGACGAUUGGCAGCAACUUCCUGCAGCCGUCGCUCUUCGACGACCUGAUCGACCUCGUGUCCACGCGCUCGAAGCUGAGCGUGUUCGGGCACGGCGAUUGCUGGACACCAAACUUUCUCACCAACUACGGCAGUGAGGGCGAGCCGCUGAGCAUUAUCAUCAUCGAUUUCCAGCUGGCGCGCUGCUCCUCGCUGGCCCUCGACCUGAGCUUCUUCAUCUACUCGUGCACCAGCCAGGAGCUGCGCGAGCAGCACUACGACGAGCUGCUGCGUGCCUAUCUGGACAGUGCCCAGGACCUGAUCACCGAUCUGGGCGGCGAUGCCGAGUCGAUCAUCUCCUGGGACUCGCUCAAGGAGGAGCUCGUCCAAUUUGGUCGCUUCGGCUGCGGCAUGGGCAUUGAAUCGCUGCCCAUGACCAUGAUGGAGGACGAGGAGGUCGCCGAUCUGGAUGCCAUCAAGGAGAAUGCCAUUCUCACCGACAUCUGGAACAUUACGCCCUUCGAGGAGCCCGCCAAGCAGCAGCGUCUGGCCGACAUCUUCAAGCAUGCCAUCGACCAGAACUACAUCAAGUAGAGCGGAGCGCGUCACGCGGCACGC